AUGUCCCCUAUUCUGGUGGAUAUUCAUUCGAAUGCAGUCCUCGACGAUGGUGCCGCUAAGCUGCUGAGCAAUAUUCAGCAUAUUCUAGCUGUUAAAGCCCCAGAAGCACUUCCUUUCUUAGAUCGACUGCUCACACAGCUAUCUUUUCUUUCCCUGAAUGCAGUUCAUACCGAGAAGCGAGAGCGUUCCAUCGUGAUUCAUGGUGUCCCGGAACCCGACGCUGGCUUAUCCGCAUCACUUCGACAGCAAUUUACAGAAAGGUGUGUUUCCGAGAUUCUCGACGUAAUUGACAUCGAAACUCUGGCAAUUGAGGUGUUCCGAAUAGGCAAAGUUGGCCAAAAACCCGGACUGAUCAAAUGUGUCUGUACUUCGAGGAAAUUUGUGUUUCAAACUCUUUCUAUUUACAGUCGCGCUCUUCGCCAGAAUUUCCUAGCGUGUUCGCAAGAAAACCGAUGA